AUUCCAUUUUGUUUUCCGAGAAAACAAACAAAAGCCCCAUCUGCGUAAUACAAAACCAAAAGAAGCGAUCACCAGUCCUGUCUCUAUUUCGUAGAAUCCACAGAAACCUUGCUCUUAAGAGAGGAAAGAAAGCAAUGGAGGAGAUACAGCAUAGAACUGUAGAGGCAAACGGAAUAAACAUUCACAUAGCAGAGAAAGGCCAAGGUCCAAUCAUUCUAUUCCUCCAUGGCUUCCCUGAGUUAUGGUACUCCUGGCGGCACCAGAUCCAUGCUCUAGCCUCCCUCGGCUACCGUGCGGUGGCUCCGGAUCUUCGCGGUUUCGGCGACACCGACGCGCCGGCGGAUGGAACCAGCUAUACCAGCCUGCACGUGGUCGGCGACAUCAUCGGAGUGCUUGACGCCAUCGGAGCGGAUCGGGUGUUCGUGGUGGGGCACGACUGGGGAGCCGUGAUGGCUUGGUAUCUGUGCUUGUAUCGGCCUGAUAGAGUGAAGGCUUUGGUGAAUAUGAGCGUCCCCUUUUCUCCUAGAAACCCUAUGCGGAAGCCUCUCGAGAGCCUUCGUGCUCAAUUGGGAGAUGACUACUAUAUUUGCAGAUUUCAGGAGCCUGGGGUUAUAGAAACUGAGUUUGCUGAGAUUGGUGUUGAUAGAGUUCUCAAGCAUUUCCUCACAUACCGCAACCCUGCUCCACUUUUUUUACCGAAAGGAAACGCCUUCGGAGAUGACCCGGCCACUCCAAUCGUCUUGCCCUCUUGGUUGUCGGAGGAAGAAGUUCACUACUACACUACCAAAUAUCAGAAGACUGGCUUCACCGGAGGAUUGAACUACUACCGAAGUCUCAAUCGAAACUGGGAGCUCACAGCACCUUUUACCGGGUAUCAAAGUAAAGUGCCGACAAAGUUUAUCGUGGGGGACCACGACAUGACUUAUCAUGCCCCAGGUUCCAAGGACUUCAUACACGGUGGGGGAUUAAAGAAGUAUGUGCCAUUGUUGGAGGAUGUAAUUGUGAUGGAAGGAGUAGGCCAUUUCAUCCACGAAGAAAAGUCAGAUGAGAUCAACAAACACAUUUAUGACUUCUUUCAGCAUGAUUUGGCCUUUUAUUAUUGGCAUCAAUGGACUAAAACCAUGGAAGGGGUUGAGCACAGAACAGUUAAGGCCAAUGGAAUAAACAUUCACGUAGCAGAGAAAGGCCAAGGUCCAAUCAUUCUCUUUCUCCAUGGCUUCCCAGAAUUAUGGUACUCCUGGCGCCACCAGAUCCACGCUUUCGCCUCCCUCGGGUACCGAGCCCUGGCUCCUGACCUCCGUGGUUACGGCGACAGCGACGCGCCGGCGGAUGUGGGCAGCUACACCUGUUUCCACGUGGUCGGCGACCUCAUCGGAGUUCUGGACGCCAUGGGCGCCGAUAACGUGUUCGUGGUUGGACAUGAUUGGGGAGCCAUUAUUGCUUGGUACCUGUGUUUGUUUCGGCCGGACAGAGUGAAGGCUUUGGUGAAUAUGAGCGUCCCCUUCCUUCCUAGAAACCCCUUGCAGAAGCCAAUCCAGAUCUUUCGUGCUCUCAAUGGAGAUGACUUCUACAUUUGCAGAUUUCAGGAGCCUGGAAUGGAAGCUGCGCUUGCUGAGAUUGGUCCUGCCAGAGUUUUGAAAUCUGCUCUCACAAGCCGCAAAACUGGUCCACUUCGUUUACCAGAAGGACAGCAAGCCUUUGCAGGCACCCCAGAUGUCUUGCCCUCCUGGUUGUCUGAAGAAGAAGUUAAUUAUUAUGUUUCCAAGUAUGAGAGGACAGGGUUCACCGGAGGCUUGAACUACUACCGAAAUAUGGACCUAAACUGGGAACUCACAGCAGCCUGGGCUGGGAGUCAAAUCAAAGUGCCAAGUAAGUUUGUUGUGGGCAACCUGGACCUUACAUAUAACACCAUGGGCUUCAAGGAAUUUAUGAAGAAUGAUGAGUUCAGGAAACAUGUGCCAUUUUUGGGGGAAAUAGUUGUGAUGGAAGGAGUGGGCCACUUUCUGCAUGAAGAAAAGCCAGAUGAGGUCAACCAACACAUCCAUGAAUUCUUUCAGAAGUUCUGAUUUUCUUUUAGGUAUCUACCAUCUGCACAACCACAGCUCUUCAGCUCUGUCUUGAACGCAAUAUUUUGAAACUGUUCUUUAUCUACUUGUCUUUUUUAACACCCAAAAAAAAAAAAAUUGUGGACACUGACUGCUUACUUGCCAAAAAUGACCAUGUACGCACAUCCAAAUAAACAAUUGUUUUUGGUGGGACUCUGUGAUCAAUGAGUAGGAAAUUUCAAUAAAA